CCGAGCACUCGUUUGGGUGUCCGUCACGUCGAGUUUGGGCGCGAGCGCGUUCGCACCUUUCUAGCCAGCCACGCGGCCGGGUCUUCACCGGGAAGCCCCACCGUCGUCCCGUCGCCGUCGCGGCUGCCGCGUCGGAAUCGCUCCGCCCCUUUCCAUCGCUCCUAAAAACUUUACCCCCCUCCUUCCUCGUCUCCACUGCCCGAUCGAUCGGUACAGCCGGCCGCUGCCGCGUUGUUUUCCUCGCCUGCUGGCCGCGACCGCGCCGUGCAAACGACGGCACAGCCUCAGUCGUAGCUGAUCCUACCUAGGCUGCUAUGCUGGCCUGGAAGGCGAACUAGCAGCGGCCAGGUACGUAGCGGCCGCCAUGGACGUCGUCGGGGAAGGAGCGCGCGCCGCGGCCGCCUCCGCCGCGGCGGGCUCUGGCGGGUUUAUGCAGUCGGUGGUGGGGUUCACCGCCGCCUCCACGCCCCUCCUCUUCUGGCUCCUCACCGUCGCGCUCGUCGCCGCCAUCCACCUCGCCUCCGCCUACAUGUCCCCCUCCUCCUCCUCCUCCUCUUCACCAAGCAGCGACGAUGAAAGCAAAACGACGGAGACGACGAGGCCCCCCCGCCGCCGCGGCUUCCAGGCCGGCGAGCUGGAGGAGGAGCCGGACAGGCACGACGACAGGGUCCUGCAGAUGAUGCGCAGCUUCAGCUUCGUGCAUGCCAGCGAGGAGGACUUUGUCGACGGCAUGGCCGCGUACGGACGCGCUUUCGACGACGCGCCGGCGCCACACGAGACGGUGGCAGCGCGGCCCGCGCCGGCGCCCGAGCCGGCGGCUCCGGACUCUCCGCCUGCCCUCAGCUUCAGCUUUCGGAAUCAGGUGCCGGAAAUUCCGCGAGUGACUCCGGCGGUGGUUUCGAGAGCAGCAGCGGUCCAAGUGGAGCAGCCCAAGGAGAAGGAAUCGCCAGUUCCGUUUGUUACGGAGGCCAAGCACGAAGCAGAGAAAACAGAGGUUGUGAUGGAAGACGAAGAUGAACAAAGCAGACAGGCUAUGGAGGCCGAGCCGAAGAUCGUUCCGGUCACGCACAACUACCGCUUCCUCACGGAGCGGGACUUCCGCGGCUUCGUCAGGGAGCCGGAGACCAUGACGGUGCGCGUGCAGGAGUCCUUCGCGCCUCCACCGCCGCCGCCGCCUGCCGCCCCAGCGCAGCCCGAGGAGCGACGAGUGGUCGACGGCGCGUCCCGCCACGGCGGCGGCUUCCUCACGCCGACCGACUUCCAGCUCCAGCCGGCGAUCAAGCCCGAGGAGCGAAGGGUGGUCGACGGGGCCUGCCGCCGCGGCGGCUUCGUCACGGCGAGCGACUUCCAGCUCCAGCCGGCGAUGAUCAAGCCCGUCGCGCGCGACACCGUGGCGUCGCCGAGGAAGAGGGCGCCGUCGCUGAGGCGCAGGCCGGCGAGGUCCCCGUCCGUGUUGUCCAGAGGCAGCGCCGUGAGCGGCGGGAGAGCGAGCUUCGCGUCGGGGUUCUCGGGCUUCGACUCUGACUCGGAGUCGAGUGCCAGCGACGACGGCUACUCGGUGCGGGACCUCGUCGUGGACUCCGACAGCGACUGGUUCGUCUCGGAGAAGGACUUCCCGGCGGCGGCGGCGGCGCACGACGCCGCCAGCCUCCGGAGCUACAGGGCCAAGGUGCUCGGGGCCAUGGAGUCGGUGGCGGAGGCGGACGCGCUGGAGCGGUCGUUCCGGGAGUCGGCGCCCGCGGUGUCGCCGGCCUCGCUGGCCCACGCCUCGCCGGACAGCGUCAAGUGCCCUGCGGACAUGUGGUCUCCGAGCCCGUCGCCGGACGCCGAGUACAAAGAGGACGAGGAGGAGCUUGCUCGAGAAGCCGCGGAGGAGGACAAGGGGAGCUGCAUCGACAUGAGCGACGACGACGACGACGACUGGGACGAGCGCUCCUCGGGCAGCAAGAAGAUGGUCGCGGCGGCGCCGGCCGUGUACGACGCUGAUUCCGCUGCAGAGGACGGCUUGGAGCAUUCAGAGAAGGAAAUCAUCACCAUAAAUGAUCAUUCGUACGAGGCUGUUUCUUCUGAUGCUAAGAGCAGUCCAGAGGCAGCCACUGACAGAGAAUUGGUUGUUUCGUCUCAUCAAACACUUCAUGAUACUAGGAGGAGCCCAGCGCCGUCAGAGAGGGAAGUUGAUCAUUCAUCUGAGCUUGUUCCUGUCGAUAGGGAAGAAUCGGACAGUACAGAUGAUCACUCAGAGGCAUCGGUUUCUGACGGCAAGAGAAGCCCACAGCAGUCGGAUCAUGCAUUUGUCGGUACAGAAGGUCGCUCACAUGAACUUGUAUCUAAUAAUGCCUGGAAAGAAAUUGCCGGUGGAGAAGAAGAAGCAGGUGAAGUUGCAUAUGAUUUUAAGAGAAGCCCACAGCAUUCGGAGCAUGGAUUUGUCGGCACAGAAGGUCACUCACAUGAACCUAUAUCUGAUGUCUGGAAAGGAAUUGCCGGCGGAGAAGAAGAAGCAGGUGAAGUUGCCUAUGAUUUUCACAGAAGCCCACAGCAUUCGGGGCAUGAACUUGUCGGUGCAGAAGGUCAUUCACAUGAACUCAUAUCUGAUGCCUGGAAACGAAUCGCCGGUGGAGAAGAAGAAGCAGGUGAAGUUGCUUAUGAUUUUAUUAAGAGGAGCCAUGAGCCUUCAGAGAAAGAAUUCGUGAGCAGAAAUGCUCAUUCAGGUGAAUUCGAUUCCGACGAUCGGAAAGCAAUUGUCCACACAAAUCAUCAGUCAUAUGCAGUAGGUUCUGACCAUCAUAGCAUCCCAGAGCAUUCAGAGCAAGAGUUCAGAGAAAAUGAACAUGCCAGUGCAGAUGAUCAUCCUGGCAAAUCCCCUCGGCACGUCCACUUUUCAGUUACGGAGAAGGCGAAGUCGCUGGACGAGGAGGACGAUCUGGAAGGCAAGCGGAAGGACUUGACAGAGGAGGAGGAGGACGAGUUGGAGUCGCUGUGGGAGCACCAGGACCUGAUAGAGCAGCUCAAGCUGGAGCUGAAGAAGGUGCGGUCAGUCGGGCUGCCGACCAUCCUGGAGGAGUCGGAGUCGCCAAAGGCGCCGAUGGAGGACCUCAAGCCAUGGAGGAUCGACGCCAAGUUCUUGCGCGAGGACCCGAUGGAUGAGCUCAACAAGUUCUUCAAGAGUUACAGGGAGAGGAUGAGGAAGUUUGACAUACUCUGCUACCAGAAGAUGUAUGCUAUAGAUUUUCUUCAGCUCAGAGGUCCCCAACAAACAGCAAACUCUGUAAAGACCAUCUCACCGACGGUGGCAUCCAUCCUGUCACACAAUUUCCGAUCAUCUCGCCGGAGAUCACCCGAGGACUCGUCGGAGCGGUUCCUCAAGGAGCUCCGGUACGACUUGGAGACGGUCUAUGUCGGGCAGAUGUGCCUGUCAUGGGAGUUCCUCCGGUGGCAGUACGAGCAAGCCCGCGACCUGCCGGAAUCCGACCCUUACCACAGCCACCAGUACAACCAGGUGGCCGGGGAGUUCCAACAGUUUCAGGUGGUGGUGCAGAGGUUUGUGGAGGACGAGUCGUUCAAGGGCCCUAGGCUGCCGAACUACAUCAACAACCGAUGCGUCCUUCGCAGCCUCUUGCAAGUGCCUGUGAUAAAAGAGGAUAGCCUCAAGGAUAGAAUGGAGGACCAGCGCAAGGGGAACUUUGUCAUAACGAGCGAGGAGCUGGAGUACGUCAUGGAGGAGUCGAUGCACAUCUUGUGGGAGUUCAUCAAGGCGGACAGAGCUGAGACACCGGCUACGUCGGUCCUGAAGGGCUUGUCGAGCCCCCACGUCGAGCUCCAGGACCCCUUGGACCAUGAUCUUAUGAUGCACAUCCAUGCCACGUUACAGAAGAAAGAGAAGCGGCUGAAGGAUUUGCUGAGGACGGGGAACUGCCUGGUGAAGAAGUUCAAGAAGCCCAAGGAGGACCGGUCGAACCAGAACCUCUUCUUCUCGCAGGUGGACAUGCGGCUGGUGGCGCGGGUGCUGCGGAUGCCGAGGAUCACCAGCGAGCAGCUGCAGUGGUGCAGGGCGAAGCUGGACAAGAUCAUACUGGUAGAGAAUAGGAGGAUCCACAGGGAGGCUGCGUUUUUGUUGUUCCCCUGCUGAGAGUACAUAACAUACAUACACAUAUAUCUGAUUUUCUUCUUUUUCUCUCCAUAUAAAAGCAAUCUUCACCAUGUAAUCCACGGCUUGUAGGUCAUUCUUUCUCAGCAGCCU